AUGAAGAUCGUCGGGCUGUCCGGGGGAAUCGCGACGGGGAAGUCCACCUUCGCUGCAGAGUUGAGGACUUUGGGGUUCCCAGUCAUCGACUCUGAUGACAUCGCAAAGCUGGUCGUGAAAAAGAUCGUUGACAUGCCACUCCUCUUUGAAACGGGGUUCUAUCACUUCACCAGCCCCCGCCUGCUGGUAGCUGCCGGGGAGGGCAUGCAGCGCCGCCGCCUGAUGGCCAGGGACGGAUUGAGCGAGGAGGCAGCCGAUGUCCGCGUCUCCUCCCAGAUGCCACUCUCUGCCAAGAGGAGGCUGGCUGACAUCGUGGUCGAAAAUGAUGGGGACGUGGAGGAGCUGAGGCAAUCCGCACGGACUGUGGGUGGAUUGCUGCAGCGUCAUCGCUGGCUGCACAUCUGGUUUUUCUCGCCGCUGGGCCUGGGUUUGGUGGCUGCGGCCCUCUUCUCACUGCGCUGA